AUGGGUGCUUUGACAGCAAUUCUAGUGCAGCACCCAUCAGAGUUGAAGCCACUAGCAGAAGAAAAAACCUCUAUAUUUCUGCACAACACACGGAGGAGGAUUCCGACCAUCAAGACUCAAUCCAUUGUCCCUCUCACUCUUGCCAUCUCCCAUACCAAAAAUAAUUCUCAGUUACAAGGGUGGUACAACAAAUUACAAAGAGAUGAAGUGGUGGCAGAGUGGAAGAAUAUCAAUGGGACGAUGUCUUUACAUGUUCAUUGUCACAUAAGUGGCGGCCAUUUCCUGCUAGAUCUAUUUGCUAGCCUCAGAUACUACAUUUUCUGCAAGGAACUACCUGUGGUGUUGAAGGCUUUUAUUCAUGGAGACAAAAACUUGUUCAGAAAUUAUCCAGAAUUGGAACAAGCUUUUGCUUGGGUAUACUUCCACUCCAACACCCCAGAAUUCAACAAGGUGGAGUGCUGGGGCCCUCUCAUUGAGGCAGCCUCUCCUUCUAGUGGGGCCAGUGCUAUCCAAUCAGAGGCAGGAAAAUGA